UUUUUUUUUCUUUUAAUUUCUUUUUCUGCUGAAUUGAAAAUUUUAUUGAAAUAAAAGAGAGAAAGGAAAAAAAUUGGGCAAGCCCAAGGAAAAUACAAGGCCCAAAGACACAAUCACAAAGAAAAUCCAAAGGAUGUGUGCUAUGGAAUAGAACCACAAAAUGUGGUAAAACAAACAAAAGAAAAAGAAAAACAAGAGGACAGCUCUUGAGAAACAGAGCAGGAGAAUCCGCACAGGCGGAUAGCUCAGGAAGCUCUGCCUUGCAGCUCAGGCGAGAAGGUCUGGCGGGCAACUCUAAAGCCAGUCAGCUCCGGACAGCUCUGGCGUGAAAGCUGUGGCGGUCAGCUUUGGAGCCUCCGCUCGGAUAUGACGUUCAGCUCUGCGGUCAGCUCUGGAGCCUCCGCUGUGGGUCAGCUCUGUUGGUCUGCUCUGGCGGUCAGCUCUGCAAUGUCAGCUAUGUCGGUCAGCUCUGCAAGGUUAGAUCUGUCGCUCGGGCGGGCAACUCUGAAGCCGGUCAGAUCCGGACAGCUCUGGCGUGAUAGCUCUGGCGGUCAGCUCUGGAGCCUCCGCUCUGGUAUGUCGUUAAGCUCUGCGGUCAGCUCUGGAUCCUCCGCUAUGGAUCAGCUCUGCUGGUAUCUGGCGGUCAGCUCUGUCUAUCAAUUCUGCGCGUACAGCUCUGCAGUCGAUACUGCGCUGACAUCACUGGUGGUCAGCACCGUGAGCUCUGGCGUGUCAACUCUGGCGGUCAGCUCUGGAGCCUCUGCUCUGGUAUGUCGUUCAGCUCUGGCAGUCAGCUCUGGAGCCUCCGCUCUGGCAUCUCCGCACUGGCGGUCAGCUCUAGCGCCUCCGCUCUGGAGAGACGGUCAGCUCUGGUACCUCCGCUGGCAUCGUUAAUCGUAUAAUAAACAUGUUGAAAUAGGAUACAAGUUUUGAGGUCCAAACAACAAUUGUAUCUUCCACUUUAAAUCCAAGUGUAUGCAGUAAAACCUCCAAAAGAAAGAGAACAAACAAAACAAAAUAAUCAUCAGGAACAAAGAAGGUAUCGGGAUCCUCAUUAUGCAGCCAUCCAAACUUCUCCGUGAAAAGGAUUGGCCAAAUUCUUCAACGGAAAGUUAUCGAGUCCACACAUUCCCCCGGCCGUCCAAAUCCCUCAUCACCUCCCACAAACAGCUGUUGCACUGAGGCACCUGCUGCAGAUCGGCAAUGGAGUCGGAGCCGGAGGAGAGGCACCUGCUGCAGAUCGGCUGAUGGCGCUCGGCAGAUCGGUAGAUCGGGUAAAUGCCCAUGAAAACGAUGGGUCGGAGAAGAUGCCUUUGAAAGUCGUCUGAAAAGGUGGCCAUCCAGGCGUGGAGUGCAUCGAGGGCGACGCUGAACUGAGGCGGCGGAGGAGGAGGGGGUGGUCGGAGGGAACCCAGGAGCCUCCAAGAGAGAGAGUCCUCUGGUGGUUAUCACCAGAUCGGAUCGAGGUCGCCGGUCUAACCUCCAGCAGUCCGCCUCACUCAGAUCCACCGCCGCCGUCGUCAACUGUCUCGGCAGCCGCGGCCUCUCGUGGAUCCGCCUUGUCAAGCGGAGGGCGACGCUGGCGCAGGGAUCGCCGGCAGAGAUGGCGAGGCUGGCGGAGGGAGAAAGGGGCUGGGACCUGGGAGAAAGGCUGCGGUCUGCAGGCUGAGCACGGGAGGGGGAGAGGGGCAGCGGCGGCGCCGCUGCCCCACA